GCCUUUGUUUUUACUUGACGCCACUCCCCUUUUCCGACAACAGCUGUAAGAGUUUGAUGCCAAUAACAAAAAGACGUCAGCGGUAGAAGAGUUUAAAAAAAGAUUAUUUUGGAGAACAUCGCUAAAAAUGGGAAAUACGUCAACGCACGCGUCCAAUGAAGAAGCGGCCCUUGACUCUAGGGUGAUCAAGAUUUCAGAAUCGGUCGCGCAGAGAUUGCUUGUGCAGAGAGAGCCGCAGACACGCACCCUAAUUAUAGAGUCGCCUGCUGCGUCAGAAGCUUCUGCUGCUCCUGCCAAAGCAAAGCCCUUCAAGAGGGACCCUAGCGUAAUUGGAGAGGAUGUAUACAACGAAUUCGAAAAGCAGGACAAGAUCAACGAGCUGCAGAUGCAAAGCUUAGGCAAAAAGCUCAGCGCAGCUGCGAAGGCCUUUGAUGGUAAACCGGUCGCCUCUGUUGGCAGCAAAUCCGCUUCAGAGUCGAGCCAAAAGGACAGCGUGCUCGGCUGUCUCCACAGCAGCAACGGCGCUGGAUUGAAUUGCCACACGAAGGUUGUCGACUUUGUCAGCUUUGUAGAAAAUAACACGUACCCCGUGGCAGCCAAUUGAGGCUACUGCUGCAAAGAGUAAGUGUAAAGCCGCAUAAGUUGAGUUGUAAAUAAAAGUUCAAUGGGUUAAUUUAAGAUAA